UAUCCAACUCCUCUAGAUUAAACAUGGGCUCUGUCUAUGCACCAUGGAGGAUCACCACUUUCAUCGCAAUUCUGGUUGUGUUCAAGGUGCAAGCUGUUCCGACACUUUAUGGUGGUGAUGCAGAUGCAGGUGAAUUGCGAGAGGAUAUACUCGAUAUCAAUUCAGAAGCAGAUCUAAACCUGUUUGAGGGAGACAUUGCAGGUGAUCCAAGGCGAAAUGCAAUCCUGGAUGAAAGGAGAAGAUGGAAGUUUCCCAUUCCUUACAUUUUGACAGAUUCGUUGGAGCUGAAUGCAAAAGGUGUUAUUCAGCAGGCAUUCGAAGCAUACCGCCUGAAAUCCUGUGUGGACUUCAAGCCCUACGAGGGAGAAAGCACAUAUAUCUCCUUCACAAAGCUGAGUGGAUGCUGGUCAUUUGUAGGAGAUGAUAAGGUAGGACAGAACCUCUCUAUAGGGGCGCGCUGUGACACUAAGGCCAUCGUGGAACAUGAGCUCCUCCACGCUCUGGGCUUCUACCAUGAGCAGUCACGCUCUGACAGAGACGACUACGUCAAGAUCUGGUGGGACCAAAUCAUAGAAGGAAAGGAGCACAACUUCAACAAGUAUGAGGACGACUUCAUCACAGACCUGAACACGCCGUAUGACUAUGAGUCCGUCAUGCACUACAGGCCAUUGUCUUUCAACAAGAACGCCACCAUCCCUACCAUCACCACAGCCAUCCCAGCGUUCAAUGAGAUCAUCGGACAGCGUCUGGACUUCAGUGCAGUAGACCUGCUCAGGCUGAACCGCAUGUACGACUGCACCAAUACACACACUCUCCUGGACCAGUGUUCCUUUGAGCUGAUCAACAUCUGUGGUAUGAUCCAGGGUGAGACUGACCAGGCAGACUGGGUCCAGACCCUGAGCAGCGCUGAGGAGACAGACCACACACUGGCAGGCCGCUGCAGAGAUGCUGGCUAUUUCAUGAGGUUUGACACAUCUAAAGCGACAGUGGGGAAAAGUGCUCUUCUAGAGUCACGCAUCCUCUACCCUAAGAGGAGCGAGCAGUGUCUGCAGUUCUUCUACAAGAUGAUUGGCCCCCCCGGGGACAGGCUGUUAGUGUGGGUCAGAACUGAUGAUGGGACGGGAAAUGUCUGCAGUGUCAAGAAGGUCCACACCAUCACAGGGGAUGGAGAUGAUGCCUGGAACAUAGCCCACGUGACCCUGAAGGUCAAAGAGAGGUUCCGCUACUUCUUCCAGGGCGUGGUAGGGUCCAACAACAAUACAGCGGGGGCCAUCUUGAUCGAUGACAUCACAUUAACAGAAACCACGUGCCCCAGCGGUGUUUGGAGAAUUCAGAACUUCACUGGCCUGCUCGCCACAACGCCAGCCGGAGGGCAUAUCAGGAGCAAGCCGUUCUACAGCGCUGAGGGUUACGCUUAUGGGAUCAGCCUCUACCCCAAGGGAAGAGACGGCACAUAUCCUGACUAUGUGGGCGUGACCUUCCAUCUAUGCAGCGGGGAGAACGACGGUGUGAUGGAAUGGCCAGUGAUCAACAGGCAGGCCACUGUCACUGCCAUGGACCAGGACCCCGACGCUAAGCUGAGGAUGUCUGCCACCAGAAGCUUCACCACCGAUACUACUAACCCAUAUUGGGUCAAGCCCACCAGCACCAGUGGGGCGGAGUGGGACGCGAGCUGCAACUGCUACAGAGGAUCUGAGUAUGGAUGGACUACGUUCCUCUCUCAUGACCAGCUGCACAGGAAAAGCUUUCUCAAGAACGAUGAUCUCAUCAUUAUUGCCGACUUUGACGAUUUGACACACCUGGUGAAGACGGAGGUCCCUGUCCAACCAAAGAGUCCCAGUGAUGACCUCCCAGAGGAGGAGACCCCCAGACAGGAGGAGGAGAUGGCUGACGGUCCCAAACACAGACAGGCACGGGCCGCCCCUAGUGACCCGUGUAGCCCCGCCCCCUGCCUCAACGGGGGAGUGUGUGUGGUUGAGAAACACGGGAAAGCCACGUGCAGGUGUGCCUCUGGCCAGGCCACAUACUAUGCUGGUGAGACGUGUGAGAAGCAGCAUAUCGAUGGCAGCAUUCUGGGCAUUCUGAUUGGUGGAGCUGCAGGUACGAUCGUUCUGACUCUGGCAAUUUUCUCAGUCAUCCGGAGAAGUCACUGAGUCACCACACUGCAUCACAGCUAUACUCAUGUACCACCUCAAUCCCAAUGCCUCUCUAAGAAACAGUGAUAGUAGAGUGCCACGCCUAUUGUAUACUUGAUAUCAUUUGUUUGAAUCAAUAAGAACUCUGUGACCAUGGCCGGUAUUCAAUCAAUUAAUUGCAGAUAGUGACUUUUCAGAGGCCAGGUCCCUCUCCAAAAUGUAUCAACUGUAUGUGAAAUUAUAUAUUAGUGACUUAUGUUUAUGUUAGGUUUGGACCUUUGUAAUUGUACAUAACAUGAACUAAAACAACAUUGUGGCAAUUUGCUCAAGAAUGAAAUAAUUGCUUCUGUGAGAUUUAUGUUUCUUUAUUUUAUUGAUUAUUAGAUGAUUGCAAGAGCACACACACACAUACAGAUAACAAUGUAAAAUUGUAAUAAAAUUAACAUAGGGCUAUGUUAUCCAUGUUAUAGCGUGAUUGACAUUUAAAGGCAAUUUCCGAUUGGAUUGACAUUUGCAGCGUUUACCGUGAAUGCAGUCUCUGAGAAACGUGGGAACACUGCCUUUAAAUGUCAAUCGCACUCUGGAUUGAAUCUAGGCCAUAGACUAAUGGAGUUACUACCCUUCCCUAAUAAAGCUAGUUAAUCUAGGGGCUCUAUUCAAUCCAUAGCACUGAAGAUCCGCUGUAUAGCGCAAUUGACAAUUAAAGGCAACGUUCCCGCGGUUACAGAGACUGCAUUCAUGGUAAAUGCUGCAUAUGUCAACUCAAUUGGAAAUUACCUUUACAUUUUUAUGCGGAUCUUCCACGAUACUUUGUCGAUAUGGAUUUAAUCCAGCCCUAGGUUUCUCAUUCUAAUACAUAAAUGCAUUUUCUCUACAGCCACAAAUGAUGCUGCAAUAUUCAUAUCAAUCAAUUGGUGGAGGUGGGUUUAGAUGAAAAAAUAAUUAUGCCGGGAUUCAAUCAAAGGCACGUUGUCUAUCAAGUGCACAGCACUUGAAUGGCAUUUUCCAGGUAAUUUCUGCUUGAGCCGAUAUCUGCAGUGUUUACCGUGAAUGCAAUCUCUGCAAAUGUUGGGGAAAUAGCCUUUAAAAGGCACUUUGUCAGUAUGCAAUGUGUUUGUCUACAACAAGCCUCUGAUUGAAUUCCGGCCUUCCUUUAUUACAAUAACUUUGAUUGACACUUUUAAUCUACAGUCAUAAUUAAUGCAAGUACAGAAAAACUCAAUAAAUUAAAUCAAAAGUAAUAAUAACCAAAUGCCAUUGACCAACAUAGCAGUAAUUGUAUGACAUCUCUUUUGACAUCAUAGCAUGCUACAGUACUGUUUGUAGAAAAUAGGCUUAUAAAAGUUUACAGGAAAUCACAAA